CCACUUCUCUUCCUUCCUCCUUCCCCUCUUCCUCCUCCCUGUUCCACUUCUCUCCCUUUCUCCUUCCCGGCCUCUCCUUUCCCUCUUCCUCCUUCCUGUUCCACUUCUCUCCCUUUCUCCUUCCCGGCCUCUCCUUUCCCUCUUCCUCUUUCCUGUUCCACUUCUCUCCCUUUCUCCUUCCCGGCCUCUCCUUUCCCCCACUCCCUUUCUUCACUUCCUUCCAUCUCUUUUCCUUUCCCCUUCCCUACCUCGAGAGAUGAUAAUAGGGGAGAUGAUGAGGUGAGAGGAGAAGUAGAACCAUGGAAGUAGAAGUAACGGUAAAGAGAUAUGGCCACGCCCUCAAGGCCAGAGGCUCCGCCCACACGCGGGUUCACUGCCCCCCUCGUGCACUCUCUAUGGCCCAUAUAUACACACGGCACAUAUCUCCUGCUGCUUCCCGCCCAUUAGAGGCAGGUGUGUGUUUUGGUUUCACGCGCUAUUCUUCCUCUAGGAUACAUAUAACACUGGUAAGGGUAAUAUGUGUGUGUGUGUGUGUGUGUGUGUGUGUGUGUGUGUGUGUGUGUGUGUGUCCCACUCCCACCUCUCUUCCUCCCUACAUCUUCGAUCUCUCCCACUUUCCUAUCUCCUCUCCUUCCCUCCAUCUAUCUCCAUCCCUUCUCUUCCUCGUUCUUUCCAUGUCCCUCUCUUUCUUGUCUCUCUUCCCUUCCCUAGCUGUAUCCUCUCUUCCCUUCCCUGCAUCUUCUCUUUCAUCUUCCUUCCUCCCUUCUCUACAUCUUCUCUUAAUUCCUUCCUCUCUGCCUUUCCCUACAAUCUUCACUUUCCCUUUUCUUUCCGUCAUCUUCCCUUCCUUCCUCUUUCUCCCAAUCUCUUCCUCUGCCUCAAUCUCUCUACCUCUUUUUCUCCCUCUUCUCUGAGUAUUUAUCUACCUCCUUCCCUCCCUCCAUCCCUCUAAGGUCGAUAAUUCUUAUAUAUAGACACUAUAUAUUAUAUACUGAUUCAAACAUCAUGCAGUUGUCUCGAAAUGCCCAAAAAGAAGUAAAAAAAAUAAUAAAUAAAUAAACGUUCUCAUGAGUGUUUUGUUGAGUUCAUGGUACAGACUUUGUCGAACUACCACCAGGGUGAAAAAAGCUACCCCUGGAAAGACCCGCAACGCUUACAGAAGCCUGUGUGCUUGGGCGCCGAAAUGUUGAAGGAUGCGCGUGUAAGACAAGCCAGGCCAAAGGAAGUGAGUCGGUGUAGCAUUUAGGCCACAACAGGUUUGAGGAUCCCCCAGAUAGAAAGGGGCGCCAGAAGGAAAGGACGUCAGUGCGCGCACGUGUCUGGAAACACACGCACACACGCUGGCUGGCUGGCUCGCUUUUCCUCGGUGUUUCUUGUAGCGCCGGUGUGUCGUCAUCUGCCAUCCGGUAGCAAGAGACAACCCAUCCUUAUUUUCGCAUCGCGGAACCCAAAAUUUACUAUCAUAGAGUGACUAAGUGAAGCAUCUAAGUGUAAAAAGUCGAUUCAUGUAUGUAUUCAGGAUGGGAUGUCUCACGAUCCCGGAUGUCUCACGACACCACACCGGUAGACUGCCUUGAGAGGCCUCUUGGGCGGCGCUAGCCCGUUAGUGGUGCGGGCGACUUUUGUUUAUAGUGGCUGCCGUUGUACAUAACAGUUAUCAUAACACGACCACUCUGCCCACAGCUGCGUGGUGUAUGAGACGUGAAUGUACGUUGUUUUCUACUGCAGAAAUAUGUCUUACUUUUUUCCAAGAGUAUUCUGUCAGUAUUUACCUCACUGUGUGCUGACGGCCACCACUCUUGCAGGUGCUGAGGCCAAGGUCAGCAGCACCGCCGGGACUCCUCGCCGCUUCCCUCAGCACUGCAGCUCACCUUGCCUUGGGGGCUCCUGCAGGAGUGGCCCACGCUGCCCCCCCCCUUCCCACCUCCAGGGUUGUCUGCCAGGAGUGGUGCCACAAUGGAGGGUGUGAGGCCAGGCAGCGACACAGACACCCCGGACCAGCGGCAGGUCACUGCUGAGGGUGGCAACACUGAACACCCCAAUACACACACUGCUGUUAGGAACUUUGAGUGUGAACUGUGUGGGAAAAAGGUUACUAGUAAGAGUAACCUCAUUAAUCACAUGGCCAUCCACACUGGUGUUAAAAAUUUUGAGUGUGAACAGUGUGGGAAGAAGUUUACUGUUAAAAGUUCCUUCAAUAAACACAUGCUCAUCCACACUGGUGUUAAAAACUUUGAGUGUGAACUGUGUGGGAAAAAAGUUAUCUCUAAAGGUAGCCUCAAAUCUCACAUGCUCAUCCACUUUGGUACUAAAAGCUUUGAGUGUGAUCAGUGUGGGAAAAAGUUUCUUCAUAAAAGCACCCUCAAGAAUCACAUGGUCCUCCACACUGGUACUGAAAACUUUGAGUGUGAUCAUUGUGGGAAAAAGUUUCUUCGUAAAGGUGACUUCAAGUUACACGUGGUCCUCCACACUGGUACUAAAGACUUUGGGUGUGAUCAGUGUGAGAAAAAGUUUAUUCGUAUAAGGGAUCUCAAAAAGCACAUCCCUACUCACACUGGUAUUAAAAACUUUGAGUGUGCACACUGUGGGAAAAGGUAUUUUUAUAAAAGUGAACUCAAAGGACACAUUCUCACCCACUCUCGUACCGAAAAGUUUGAGUGUGGACAGUGUGGGAAAAAGUUAGCUACUAAACAGACCCUCAAAUUACACAUGUUCACCCACACUGGUGUUAGAAACUUUGAGUGUGAAGAGUGUGGAAAAAAGUUUGUUAAUAGAAGUGACCUCAACAAGCACAUUCUUACUCACACUGGUAUAAAAAACUUUGAGUGUGGACAGUGUGGGAAAAAGUUUGCUCGUAAAGAUGUCCUCAGAGCGCACAUUCUCAAGCAUGGCACCGAAAGGGUGGAGUGUGAUCAGUGUGAGAAAAAGUUUUUUUAUAAUUAUGAACUCAAGUUACACAUGGUUCUCCACACUGGUGCUGAAACCUUCGAGUGUGAGCAGUGUGGGAAAAAGUUUCUUCAUAAAAGGAGCCUUGAAAAACACGUGCUCAUCCACACUGGUAUUAAAAGCUUCGAGUGUGAACUGUGUGGGAAAAAGUUUGUUCAUAAAAGUUCCUUCAAGGGACACAUGAUCACCCACACUGGUACUAAAGACUUUGAGUGUGAUCAUUGUGGGAAAAAGUUUCUUCGUAAAAGUAAUCUCAGGAAACACAUGGUCAUCCACACUGGCACUGAAAGCUUUGAGUGUGAUCAGUGUGGGAAAAAGUUUCUUAGUAAAGGGGAACUCGAGGCACACAUGGCCCUCCACACUGGUGAUAAAAGCUUUGAGUGUUAUCAGUGCGGGAAAAAGUUUCUUAGUAAAGGCAGCCUCAAGGCACAUAUGGUCAUCCACACUGGUACUAAAGACUUUGAGUGUGAUCAUUGUGGGAAAAAGUUUCUUCGUAAAGGCAGCCUCAAGGCACAUAUGGUCCUCCACACUGGUACUAAAGACUUUGAGUGUGAUCAGUGUGGGGAAAAGUUUCUUCGUAAAGGUCACCUCAAGUCACACAUGGUCGUCCACACUGGUACUAAAAGCUUUGAGUGUCAUCAGUGUGGGAAAAAGUUUCUUCGUAAAGGGGAACUCAAGGCACACAUGGUCCUCGACACAGGUACUAAAAGCUUUGAGUGUGAUCAGUGUGGGGAAAAGUUUCUUCAUAAAGGGGAACUCAAGUCACACAUGGUCCUCCACACUGGUACUAAAGACUUUGAGUGUGAUCAGUGUGGGGAAAAGUUUCUUUGUAAGGGUGACCUCAAGAAUCACAUGGUCCUCCACACUGGUACUGGAAGCUUUCUGUGUGAUCAGUGUGGGAAAAAGUUUCGUUAUAAAAAGAGCCUGACAAAACACAUGGUCCUCCACACUGGUACUAAAAGCUUUGAGUGUGAUCAGUGUGGGGAAAAGUUUCUUUUUAAAAGGAGCCUGACAAAACACAUGGUCCUCCACACUGGUACUAAAAGCUUUGAGUGUGAUCAGUGUGGGAAAAAGUUUCAUCAUAAAAAGAGCCUGACAAAACACAUGGUCCUCCACACUGGUACUAAAAGCUUUGAGUGCGAUCAGUGUGGGAAAAAGUUUCUUUUUAAAAGCGACUUCAACAAGCACAUUCUUAUUCACACUGGUGUUAAAAACUUUGAGUGUGGACAGUGUGGAAAAAAGUUUGCUCGUAAAGACACACUCAAAUUACACAGUCUCCAGCAUGGUACCAGAAACUUUGAGUGUGAACAGUGUGGCAAAAGAUAUACUACCAAUAUCAGCCUCAAAUACCACAUCCUCACCCACUCUGACACCAGAAACUUUGAGUGUGAAGAGUGUGGGAAAAGGUUUCUUCGUAAAGGUGACCUCAACGUCCACAUGGUCAUCCACACUGGUGAAAGGAGGUUUACGUGUGAUGUUUGUGGCAAGUGUCUCGCCACCAAGUGUUCUAUUGCCCGCCACGUCAAGAAACAUCUGUGAGGCGGUGCGCUGUUACCUGUGCGGAGGGAGUCUUGUUUGUGGAGGUGUGGUGGACAGCUUGCAGUAUAGAUAGUAUGCAUUGACGUCACUAAGCCCUGCCCCAAACACGUGGGCCGGAUCCUCUGGCCAUGUUGAGAGGUAAACAAACCGUAUAUCUUUGGCCGUUGACGCUGUGCAUACCCACACAUUGCCCUCAUUUAUGAUGGCAGGAGAAGCUGCUGGUUAUGUUUCAUUAUCAGACUAUGUCCUUAACCCGAUAGCAGUGACGGGCCAAAUUUGUGGCUUUACCGCGUAGCAGCAAUGGGCCAAAUUUGUGCCAUGAAAGAACCUCCCCAAAAUAGAUGAUAUUGCAUAACAUGAUCACAAAUGCUUUGAUAUAUAUUAUGAAAUGGAUUGUGUGAGGGAUGAUUUUUUUCUAAUUUUUCUCGCUUAGAGGGGCCAUUAAGAAACAUGAUCCCCGCUGCUACAGGGUUAAGACAUUAAACUCAAAUUCUGUGGCACAAUACCGAGAAAAGUGUAAAGAAAUAGGGAAUAUAGACCCUUAUAACAUACACAAGCCCAAGGGGGAAGACAUUAUGACUCUGCUAGGUGGCGAUCUUCCAGACUUAACGCCACAGUGAUAUAUAUCAGUAUACAGGGAACUCUCAAUUUACACGAGUAUUACGUCCUUGAAGAGGUCGCGUAAAUCAAAAACAAUGUAAAUCAAACAAGAGGUAGGUUUGUGUCGAAAAAUAAAUACCGUACUUUUCAGCGUAUAACACACACCUUUUUCACAUAAAAAAAUGCAUGAAAGUUUAGCCCUGCGCACUAUAUGCCGAAUGUACAAAUUUUUAAUGGUUUUUUUUUCUUCUUUUGAGUGUUUUUAAGGGUAUGUUUUCUGUCUUAUACAAUAACAACAGCAAACUUACCCAGGCACGGGAGCUCCGGUCUCCCCCUCCCUGCCUCCACCUCAUUCAUCCCGCUGUCUCUGUUCUCAUUCUGUCUUCCUUCUUUCCUUCCUUUCUUCCUUAUUCCUUCUCCCUUCAGUGUGUGAGAGAGAGAGAUGCUUCCCUCCCUCUCUCCCUUUGCAUCACUGAGGUGUCAUCUCUCUCUCUCUCUCUCUCUCUCUCUCUCUCUCUCUCUCUCUCUCACCGUAAUAUCUGUGCGGUGUAUUGCUGGUGAAUCAGUGGGAUAUUUUCCAUGAUCUUACUUACGUCUGUGUCCUUCCCGUCCCUCUCCUCCACUUUUCUCCACAAAUCUAUUUCAUCAUCACAAUUAAUAUAAAGAAAUAAAAUUCAGCAGACAACCGUCAUUUACGAAUAACACAAAUAUCUCUGUAUAUUUAUGCUUACAUCUCAAAAUUAUAAAAUAACUUAUGUUUAUUUAUGUGCUCUAUUUAAUUUUGCAUGUUUUUAUAUAUAAUACAUGAUGAUGAGGUUGAGCUUAUGGCUGAAAACUUGUUAUAAUCAGAAGUGACGGUUGAAAUUUGGUGCGCAUGACCACCCGGGAUAUUGCGUGGGACGCCGUUUUUGCCCGCCCGUGGUGAAGGGGUUAAGCUGGGUCAGUCCUGUCUCCCAGUCUAUAUUUGUCCAACUUUUCCUUCAUGAUAUGGACACUGCCCGCAUCAACAGUGUCUUUGUUCAUUCCAUUUUGUGUAUGGAAAACUGUACUUUGUGUGUGUGUGUGUGUGUGUGUGUGUACUAGGGGUCAAGGCAUCAGAUAUCACAUUUUGUUUGUCACCAAGAGUCCGUUUGUUGGCUCUGUUUUUCUGCACACACGACAAUAUCACCCAAGAAUUGUUUUAUUUUCCUUAAUGUUUUUCCUUACUUCCUUUCCUGUUUUCGGGUAAUAAGUUCACAGGAACUCAAUCAUUUUUUCCCCAUUUUCUUUCCCAUUCCUUUCCUUCCUUUAUUUUAUUAUUUCCUCUCUUGUUCUGGGGGAAAAAAUUUAUGGGAAUGCAAUUUUUUCCUCUACUUUUUCCUCCCAUUUCCUUCCUUUGUCUUCUUUCCCUUCCUUUAACCCGGUAGCAGCGACGGGCCAAAUGUGAUGAUCAGAUUAUGUAUCAUCUAUUUUUGGGGUUUAUAUCACGGCACAAGUCUG